AUGACAGCAACAAACAACAACAGCAACUUUAUCGUUUCUGAUGAAAAAGUUAUUGAUUCAUUAGUUGCGGAAUUAGUUGUGGCAGAAACUAAAACCCUCAACGAAAGAAUUGGUGAAAACAUGAUUGAUUUACAUAACUACCUCAAACAUGAUGGAGGAAGAGGAAGGAAAACUGGUACAGCUUUAUUAGUAAAUAAAAUUUCAAAUUUAACGAUUAUAGAUGUUGAUAUCAAUAAAUCGUACAAUGAUGAACUUAAAGAAACAGUUAGAAAAGACAUUUUAUCAAAACUUUCGGAUAAAGAUGUUAUCGUUAAAACCGCAUCAGGAGGUCUUCACAUUUAUUGCAACACUAAUUUCUUCUAUGCAGUUUCGAACAGAAUGAUUAAAUGUUAUUCCUGCAAUGAUUAUGAUAUUGACAUAAUGACUUCUAUGGAUGAUUCAAAACGUUCUUUAGUGGUUAUGGCUGAUUCAAGAGUUCGAAAGAAUGCAACAGAACCAAUCAAUACAUACUCAUUCAUUCGUGGAAGUUAUGAUUCAACAUUAACUAGAACAGUGAAUGAUAUAUUAAAUGAUUUGAAUAUUAAGGUAAGAGUUGAACAGAAGAGCGAAGAAAUAAAGAGUAUAAUGAAUGAAAACAAAGAUGUAAACAUUGACGAUAAACUUGCCCAGAGCAUAGUUGAUGGCAUCAGUGAUUUUGAAGUACAUAAUGAUGGUGGAAACAUGAAUUUAGAAAAAGAAGUUACAUUAUUCACACUGUUUCAAGCAUUAAUUCGUUACCUAAUCAUUUAA